AUGGAUCCCGACAAGACUGUCCUUGAUCUCCCUGACCCUGAGAUAAGGUCCCUGGCAUACAGUGAAAGAGAAAGGUCAAAAGCAGAUAUUUCACUAGGGAUUGAAAUGACUCGUGGGAAGAGAGGCUCUAGUGUUGCAGCGAGGCGCUCUUCUCCUAGACUUGAUGCUAAUGCAGAGGUUACACUAUCUUCGACUAUACCCCAAUCGAGUAGGUGUCCUCGGACUAGGGUUGGUGGAAAUGUUGGUGCAGGUCGGCAAAACAUCGAGUCCCCUAAUGUUACAAAUGAGGGAGGUUCUGAUCCAACUGCGGCACAAGAAUGGCUGAAGAAAAUGGAGAAGUACUUCAGAGCCUUAGGGUGUUCAGAGGAGCAAAAAGUUAUUUAUGCUACAUUUAUGCUGGAGGGAGAUGUAAAGAUCUGGUGGGAAACUAAGGAGGGUGACAUGACAGUGGAAGAAUAUGAAGCUAAGUUUAAUGAAUCAUCUCGAUAUGCACCUGAGCUAGUUGUAGAAGAAUUUGAUAAAAUAGAGAUGUUUGAGAAUAGGUUGAGGCCAGAAAUCCAUAAGAAUGUUACAGUUAUUAUGUCAAAGACAUUUGAGGAGGCAGUGGAGUGA